UCAAUGGAAGAUGUAGCCGACUCAGGAAACUGGGGACAAGGGGGAGGGGGAGACACUACAGAUACGCCCCACCUCCCCAGUCUGUGACCACCCAGAGAUGGACAAUAAAGGACAACAAAAAAAAGAGUGGAGUCCAGUGCCCAAGAUGACUGUCAAACUUGAUUUUGAGGAGUGUCUAAAGGAUUCUCCCCGAUUCCGGGCUUCCAUUGAGUCUGUGGAAUCUGAUGUGUCAGAAUUGGAAAAUCGUCUGGAGAAGCUCCUCAAACUCAGUUCUAGUCUACUGGAAAGCGGACGACAUUAUCUUACUACUUUUCGAGCCUUCAUCAGUGGCAUCCAGGAACUCUCAAACCUGGGUCCCCCAGAGCCCAUGAUGACUGAAUGCCUGAACAAAUUUACUGAGAGCCUGAGUCACAAAAUCAACUGCCAUGAAGAUCUCUUGAAUGCCACCCAACAGACCCUAAAACAACAGAUCCAGACUUUUGUGAAGGAGAGUCUCCGUGGUUUCUGGGAAGCCCGAAGAGAGUUUUGGAAAGGAGCAGAAUACCUAGAAGCAGCUCUCAACCACAAUGCUGAAGUCCCCCGGCGCCGAGCACAUGAGGCAGAAGAAGCAAUGGCUGCACUGAAGAUAGCCAGGGCAGGCUACCAGGGGCGGGCACUGGACUAUGUACUGCAGAUCAAUGUGAUCCUGGACAAGAGGAAGUUUGACAUCAUGGAGUUUGUACUUCGAUUGGUAGAAGCUCAAGCAAUAUACUUCCAGCUGGGUCAUGAAGAACUGAGUGGGCUAGGAGUCUACCACAAAGAGCUGGGGGCCCAGUUGCACAAGCUUGUCCUGGAGUCUGCACGUGAAAAAAGAGACAUGGAGCAGAGACAUGUAUUGCUGAAGGAGCAAGAACUAAGUGGAGAAGAACCAGAACCAGGCCUGAGGGAAGGACCAGGGGGGUUGGUGAUGGAAGGACACCUUUUCAAAAGGGCCAGUAAUGCCUUCAAGACAUGGAGCAGGCGCUGGUUCACCAUUCAGAAGAACCAGCUGGUUUAUCAAAAGAGAUACAGGGACCCCAUGACUGUGGUUGUGGAUGACCUUCGUCUGUGCACAGUGAAGCUCUGCCCUGACUCUGAAAGAAGAUUCUGCUUUGAAGUCGUGUCUCCCACCAAGUCCUGCUUCCUCCAGGCUGACUCAGAGCAGCUUCUACAGCUGUGGGUUAGUGCUGUUCAAAACAGCAUUGCUACUGCCUUCAGCCAGGCGCAGGAGGAAAGAGGCUCUCUGGACCAGGGCCCCUCUCACUCAGCCCCAGGCUCUGCCUCCACCCUGGCUUGUGGAGGAGCAUCCAGGGGGAUAGGCCGAGGGUCUGGUGUGGCAGGACGAGUGGCAGCCCAGGUACAGAGUGUGGAGGGGAAUGCCCAGUGCUGUGAUUGCCGGGAACCUGCACCAGAAUGGGCGAGCAUCAAUCUUGGCGUGACCCUCUGCAUCCAGUGCUCUGGAAUUCACAGGAGCCUAGGGGUUCAUUUCUCCAAAGUCCGAUCUCUGACCCUUGAUUCCUGGGAGCCUGAACUGGUGAAGCUAAUGUGUGAAUUAGGGAAUGUUGUCAUCAACCAGAUCUAUGAAGCUCGAAUACAGGACAUGUCUGUGAAGAAACCUGGACCGACCUGUUCCCGGCAGGAGAAGGAGGCAUGGAUUCAUGCCAAAUAUGUGGAGAAGAAAUUUUUGACCAAGCUGCCUGUGGUCAAAGGACGAAAAGUGGGACGUGGCCACCCCCGAGGGCAGCCUCCAUUGCCUCCUAAACCCCAGCUUCAACCCCGACCAGGGAACAUAGGGGCCAAAACAGCACUACCUUCUGGCGAAUCGGGGUGCUUACACCCAGGAGCCUUGCUGUUCUGGGCUGCUGGGCCACACCCGUCUCUUCCCACCAUGGCUGAUGCCCUUGCCCAUGGAGCUGAUGUCAACUGGGUAAAUGGGGCACAAGAAAAUGCAACCCCUCUCAUUCAGGCCACAUCUGCGAACUCCCUACUUGCCUGUGAAUUUCUCCUACAGAAUGGAGCCAGUGUGAACCAGGCAGACAGCAUGGGGAGGAGCCCCCUCCACCAUGCCACCAUCCUUGGCCAUACUGGCUUGGCCUGUCUGUUCCUGAAGCGGGGGGCAGAUCUGGGAGCUCGGGACUCUGAAGGGAAAGACCCUCUGACCAUUGCCAUGGACACAGCCAAUGCAGACAUCGUCACUCUGUUACGUUUGGCAAAGAUGAGAGAGGUUGAAGUGGCCCAAGGGCAGGCAGGAGAUGAGACGUAUCUGGACAUUUUCCGAGACUUCUCCCUCAUGGCUUCUGAUGAUCCAGAGAAGCUGAGCCGAAGAAGCCAUGAUCUCCACACCCUCUGAACUGGAGUGCUUAGACCCCCAACCUUCCCUUGGAAUCAUUCACUUAAAAAUGAUUUCUCAGCUCCCAACAUGUCUCCACUGUAUUGGUGUGGAGGAGUGGAUUGGGGGAGAGAUAGAAGUGAUGGGGGGAAACCUACAAAAAGCUAAGGGAUUUGGGGGCAGAUUGGGGGACUCUAGGUAUAGAGAACUGCCAACUCAGGAUGUUUCAGAAGACCCUUAGUUCGGGGGUGAAACAUUAGUAAUUUAAAAAAAUAAAAGCCUCAUCCUUCCAUCUUAGAAUCAAUACUGUGUAGUUCCAAGGCAGAAGAGAGGUAAGUGUUAGGCAAUGGUUAAGUGAUUUGCUCAGUCACCCAGUUAGGGUCACCCAGGUUUGGUCACCCAGUUAGGAAGUAUCUGAGCUGAGAUCCAAUUUGAAUCCCAGGAUCUCUGGUCUCUAAGCCUGGCUCUCAAUCCACUGAGCCACCUAGCUGCCCCCAAGCAUAUAGAGUAUUGAUGAAAUGUUACCAGACUGGUUAGCCAGAAGGGUGGUCAAUCCUUCCCUCCAGUAUGGGUGAGCUUUCCCUACCUCUUAGGGGUAGAGGGGAUCCAACUGGCCCAGGAAUCUGGCCCCAGCUUUCUUUUUCCAGAGGCCGGGACAUUUACUUUUCCUAUUCCUCCCAAAUCUUGACCCCUCCCCUAAAGGGGGCCACGGAAAGGAGACCAAUUAUUUCCAGGGAGAGUUUCAAGACUCAGGUUCCCUGUCUCUCUGACCCCACCCUCCCAAGAUACCAGGAAUGUGAUGUCUCAGCGCCUCGGUCAGCAGGAAUUCCGAGGCCUUUUCCUCACCCGGGGAACUUCCCCGGAGCCCAGGCUAUUAACUUCAGUCCACUGCAAUCUAAAACCUUCGGCUCUUUAGAACCUUAGGAGAAGGGGGCGGCAGGGCGCGGGUGGACUCGGGUGUCCCUAGGCAGCCAGAGAUGCUUUCAGUGCUGGUGGCCCAAGCCCCAGGCUCAAAAUAGGAAAGAAUCGCUGUCAGGGCCAUUCAGGAAUCCAUCCUAAGGAACCCUUAGCUGAGUAAGAGAUGCCUUGCACAACUUCGGGGUGUGCUAAUCCUCUUUGCUGGAAGACCCCCUAAUGUAGGGAAACCUCCACACCCAGAAACAGUCGUUGCCUCCCUUGGAGAGAGUUAAGGGAGUCUUCCCUGACUGCCUGCUCUGCUCCACCCGGCUCUCUCUCCUCCCCUUGGGUACCCAGGCGUGGGGAAGGAGGAGGGAGGGUGUUGAAUCUACUACCCU